AUGAAGAACACAUUCGUUACUAUGGCUGUUGCCUUCAUGGGCUCAGCAGCAGCAGUUCAGUACCCAAACUCAUCGAUCCCAACGAACAGUACGAUGUCGUCGACCAGCAGCUCUGCCUCCAUGUCCAAGACUAGCAGCGUUCAGCUCUCUGGAUCUGCUACUGGAUCUGCUGGCUCUGCUUCCCGCUCUGCCACCAGCGCAUCUGGAUCUGGAAGCUCUGCUGCUGCAUCUGCCACCUCGACUCCCUCCUUGAUCACCUUCGACGGAAUUUUGUUCAAGCUCGAGAUCAACAUUACCUACUCUGGUAUCACCUUUGACAUUGAGAUUGAUCUCGCUAAGAGAGCCGGUCAGACUUUGAACGACUGUCUUGGUGCAUGUGCUGGUAACUCUUCUUGCGUUGGCACAGCAUUCGAUAGCAAUGACGGCUCGUGCACCUACUACAGCUCGAUCGCCUCGAACAGCCGCACUGCUGCUCCUGGCAUUACUUUCGCUACUGUCGAGUCGCGCAUUGGCAACAGCACCGCCACCGGUACUGCUGGCUCCAACUCCACUGCCUCCAGCACUAGCUCUUCGGCAAGUGCUACCGCUACCUCUCUCGAGGACUCAAUCUGCCCCAAGCUCAACGGAGAUGUUGUCAACUCUGCCCUUGAUGUUGCUUUCGUUGUUGAGUGCAGUCAAGGUGUUGUCGGUGAUGUUCUGAUCAUUGAAGCCCCCAGAAAGCGUCAAGCUACUACCAUUCCCACUAGCAUCAGCAACUGCAUUGAUAUCUGCUCCACCGAAACUGCUUGCGUCGCCACGACUUUCGACAAGAACAGCGCCGCCUGUACCUUCUUCAGCACCUUCGAACUCAUCGUCGCCGAGACCUUUGACACUGCUCUUCGUCUUGAGAACAACGGUGCCCCCGGCCCCGUCACCGUUACUGAGCCUGCAACCGGCGCUGUUACCAGCAUGCCUGCAGGCGGCAAUGGAGGCGCUCUUACUACCGCCACAGUUUACUCGGCUUCAACUGUUACAAUCUACUCUUGCGCUCCUACUGUCACCGACUGCCCUCUCAGAGCCGGCCAAAACGCCGCCACCGUCACCACCAUCAUCCCUGUCGCCGAGACCGUCUACCAGUGCCCUUACACCACUAACGCCAACGUUGUCACUGCUCUCGCCGGUGCCGUUACUGAGAUGGAUGUUGUUACCAGCACUGUCUACGAGUGCCCCGCUGGCCAAACUGUUACUGUUAGCGGUACCCAGAUGGUUCCUGCUCAGGCCACCACUAUCACCGAGACAUACACUACCCACAUCACCCAGAGCUCCAGCGCUGCUACUCCUGUUAUGACUGGUGACAACGCCAGCAAGUCUGUUGUCUACGUCCAGCAGGUCGUCUCUGUUUGCAACGCUUGCGCCACUUCCACCAUGACUCAAUACGUCGUUCUCUCGACUGCUCCUCCCGCUCCUGCUCAGGCCACUUCCACCGUCACUGCCACUCAGGGCUGCAACGGAGUCAACUGCCCUGCUGGUGCUUCUCCCGCAGUUUCUACCACUGUCAAGAUCACUAUCAACACUGUUAUUCCUCAGCAGUCCGCCCCUGCUCAGUGCAACGGUGUCAACUGCCCCGCCGGUAAGAGCGGUGCUUCCUCCGGCAUGACCACCUCUGCCUACGCCACCGCCAGCGCUUCCCAGCCUUUGGCCUUCACCGGUGCUGGUUCCGUCGUCAGCGUCCAGGGUGGUGUCAUUGCCCUUGCCGCCGCCGUCUUCUCCAUCUUCUUGUUCUAA